UAUUGUCGACAUUACAGUACAUACGUAUGUAUAUGGCAGCCUAGAAUAAUGUAGGUAAAAUAGCGUGUGGUAGUGUGCAAUUAAGUUGAAGUAUAUCAAAUUUCGUAUCAUCUCGUAGUACGUAUAUGCUUUUAUGUGAUGAAGAAAAUCUGAUAGCACGAAGAUUCUGAACUAGAAGUGAAUUCGAAGCAAAAUUGCGUUAAAGUAAAGAAAGUUAAAAUCGUAGAUAACAGAUCGUGCGAACUCGAACGUAAAUUGUGAAUUGUUUUAUCGAAUUUGUUUAUCGAACGAUAAUCCGGAAGCUAAAGUGGCCAGCUUGCGCAAAUUACAAAAGAGGCCAGCGAAAGGGAACAGGCCGAAUUUUAUAGCGGUCGUAUGCACAGGCCACACAGAAACACAUGAACAUACAUAGAUGUGUGCAAAGGAAAAUGGUGGAGGGCACAGAGGUGCGAGAAGAUAAGCGCGCGCGACGACGCGGCGCGGCGCGUCGCGGCGCCACUACUGCAGCGUAACGUAACGGAGAAAGUCAGUCCGACGGCGGCGCCUCACCAGUCGUACGCGUUAGGACGCGCUCUUUCGUGGCCCAGCAAUCAAAAAGCGGCCACUCGUGAUUUCGUGUAACCCUUCAGUGCCUCCAAACAAAAAUCGUCUUCAAUCGAAUAAAUUUUUAUCCGAACAAACGGAGAACAAACAAUACACGAAGCCAGUUAAACAAAUCCUAAGAUAAGAUCAAAAGUAAGGAAUAGAAGAAUUUGGGAAAAGAGAGGCAUAGGAUCGGAAAACAAGAAGAGACACACGGAGGAUCGCGAUUGGAUCCCCGAUCUAAAGAUUGUCAGUGAUCGUCUUGUAUUAAGAGAAAACAGAAUUUUGGUCUGCAGGCUGAUCGCGAACGGAUCGAAUCGAACGGAUUGAUCAUCGAAGAUCGAAGAGAGGUUUUCAAGAGACGAAGUCGCUGGAUCAAGUGCCUUGUAGUUUCUAUAUCGCUCCUGGGCGGCUCCUGGCUUUCGCAAGUAUCAUCGGUCCAAACUGACGGACUUAUUCUCAGUUCUCGCAGUACAAGCUCCAACCACCGGCAGCAGAAUGUUUUCCUUCUCGAGAGCUUUCCCGCCGAUUCUCUUCGCGACGCUCUUCAUCUGCAUCGGGCUGACACACAGUCUCAAAUGUUAUAAAUGCGGACAGUACAACGAGGGAGUCGGUAGCAUCACACCGUGUAUCAAUUAUACCGCUCACAUGCAUCUAAAGGAGUGUUUACCCACGGCCGAAUGGUGCAUUGUAAGUAAACAUUUGUCUUAUCUUCUAUUCCAAACGGCAUUUAAUUCAAUUUGUUAUUCAUUGUUUAAUAGAGGAAAGGAACCUUCUUCUUUUUUUCCUUUUUUUUCUUUUUUUGGUAACGGGGAAAAUUUGGAGGAUUUGAUCAGUUUGAAUGAUGUCAAUCAACGAAGAACACGAGUUUCCGUGGCCUACGCUAAAAACCGAAAUUUAAGAUCAACUUUCAACAUACAUAUUUUGCUGGAUGUUGUCAUUUAGCGAGCAAAUUGCGAG